AUUGGGCUAGCGUGGGGACUAUAGCCCGAGCCCUCUCGUACAUGAGAGGAGGCCUGUGCCCAGCAGUGGGACGUAUAUAGGCUGAAUUAUUAUUAUUAAACUACAGUACCACAGGGAAUUAAUUAUUAUUAUUUUAUUCCCUACUAUUACAGCUGAAUGAUGACAUAUUUGGGUCUACGAAAUCUUAUUGUUAUUUUGUAGCAUGACGCAUUUCGUCCGUAGAUACCUCUCUAAACGUCACCUCAGUCAAUCACUAGCGCUACUGAUUGAUGCGGACGAAAAUAAAACCAUUAAUAAAAAGAGAACUACGACAGACUACGAGAACGUAUUGGAGUAUACAGAAUGACAAGUCUGUGUUGUAUAUUGAUUGUGCAAUGAAAAUGUAUUUCGAAUUAUUUACAAUAUAUUAAUAUUCCGUUAUGUAUUAAUUAAUUGCAAAGAAAAUGGGCCGAGGACUAUGAACUAAGUACGUGAUCAUUUGUGCAUUCAUAGUGUUGCGUAGUUUUAUUUGUUGCUCAUCAUAACAUAGGUCAUUGAAAUAAUGGUUGAGAACGGCGGUUCAAGCGGGGGCAGCGAUAGCCCUAACGCGACUUGCGGGCGGUCGGGUCUGCUGGAGACGUUGGUACGCGGGGUGUGGUACCGGGUACACUGCUCCCUGGAGGACGACUACUUCAGCGUUUGCCUGGACGACGGCUACGAUGCAACGACAACUCUCAAUGGCACCCUCAACAAUAACAAUGUUGAAACACCCAACAGUGACUUCACGGAAGUGCCGGAAGCGAUCGCGAAUCAAAAACGACUAGUGCAAGUGGUUAAAUCUGACAAUAAUGGGCUUGGAAUAUCAAUUAAGGGUGGAAUAGAAAACAAUAUGCCCAUAUUGAUAUCAAAAAUAUUUAAAGGUAUGGCAGCAGACCUGACUGAACAGUUGUAUGUUGGUGAUGCUAUCUUGUCGGUCAAUGGAGAGGAUCUUAAGGAUGCUACACAUGAAGAAGCUGUUAAGGCUCUGAAAAGAGCUGGCAAAAUGGUUCAGUUGGAAGUGAAGUACCUCCGCGAAGUGACGCCAUACUUCCGGAAGGCGUCAAUCAUAAGCGAGGUGGGAUGGGAGCUGCAGCGCGGCUACAUGGCGGAGGCGCCGCCGUCGCCUCCCUCGCCGCGCCGCCGCCGCGCCGAUACCCGCUACGUGCCGCUGUUGAUGGCCUGCGUCGCCAAGAAUCUGCGCCACCACGACCCAGAACAGCGUACGAUCGAGGUGUACUCGCCGGACGGCGUGCACGCGCUGGCGCUGCGCGCGGCGGACGCGGCGGGCGCGGCGGGCUGGCACCGCGCGCUGCACGCGGCGGCGCGGCGGGCGGCCCGCGCGGCGCUGGCCCGCGCGCGCCCGCGCCUGCGCGCGCUGCUCGGCGACGUGCGCUACGCCGGCUGGCUGGCGCGCCGCCCCGCUAUGGACCAUAUCAGCGCAUCUGGUGGCUCCGACAGUUCCGAUGAAGCCGAGGGAUGGCAACCUACCUUUGUAGCUAUCACGGACCGAGAAUUAAGGCUGUACGAGGCGGCGCCGUGGUCGGCGGAGGCGUGGUGCGCGGCGGGCGAGGUGCUGGGGCUGGCGGCCACGCGGCUGGCGUGGUGGCGGCGCGGCGCGGGCGCGGCGGCGCUGGGCGUGCGCGCCGGCACGCCCGCCGGCCUGGCCGUGCGCGCGCUGCGCGCCGACACGCCGCACGACCUGGCCGCCGUCGCCGGCGCGCUCGUCGACGGCGCGCAUCGCGCCGUGCGCGCGCAGCCCGAGUUCACCUUCCGUUGUCGGUUCCGGGGCGCGUGCGCGCGCCUGUCGCUGGGCGCGGGCGGCGUGUGCGUGUGGGAGGCGGCGGGCUCGCUGGGCCGCGGCGGCGCGCGCGCGCUGUACCGCCGCCCGCUGCACGCGCUCAAGGCCUCCGCCGACGACGACCGCUCCGCGCUGUGGCUGCACUUCACGGACGACGACACCGUGGAACUGGAUAUGGAGGGCAGCCCGAAGCCGGCCGUGUUCAUUCUGCACAACCUGCUGUCGGCGCGCGUGCACGCGCUGCCCGAGGACUCCGCGCAGCCACUAUAACCACGCCACUGAACAUCUGUGAGUCCCUCCCACUAUCACCGACCCUGUUCCACCGGGCGGGGCGGCAAUUCUGUACUACGCGGGAAUGUGUGAUUUUCAUUCAACUUGUUAGAUGUUAUAGCUAUUACGAUCGUGAAAAAAUGCCGAGAAAACUUCAAAUAGAAUCUCGAAUAAAUAAUACUCCUUCGAUUUAUUGCUUGUUUGUUAUGUUUAUGUGAGUCUUUAAAAAUCUUGUUAAAAUUAAAGACGAUUUUGGUGUGCAUAGUAAUUAACAUUGAUGUUGGCCGCAGUCGAUGGCCGUUAGGGCCUUUAGUGCAAUUAUGAAUGUAUUAUACGAAAUGAGAAGCACAACGAGUACUGUUUAGGAUACUCCCGAUGGUUACUACUCCCACCGGCAGAGCAAAUGAUUUCAAUUAUUUAAAUGAUAAAUAAAUAACAGCGGCAACUGUAGGGUUUUAUGGAAGUAGUAACUAUUAGGCUUAACACGCACUGCGAUUAAUUUCUUGCGGUUUCAAUCUAAUUUCUUGCGAUUUCAGUCUUGCGAGUGCGUGCGCUCAUGCAGCAUGCUGUAUGUUACACUUUUUGCGGUUCUGAAACCGCAAGAAAUUAUUCGUAGUGCGUUCUAAGCCUUAGGGACAAACGCUCGGUUUGAUACUAUGGCGUAGUAAAACUGGUAAGUGCAAUUGCGCCAUGGUUUUAUGUUGUUUGUUUUAAAAUUAUGUUGUAGUUAUUACAUGUUCUUGUUUCCCAUGUUUUAAAAUUAAAUGGCAACUACGUGUAACAAAAAUGACAUGUAAUUUUUUAAAAAUAAAAUGGAGGAGCGGAGGCGAUGUACGCAAUAUUUCCGAACUUUAUACCGAGGCAAGAUACACAAUAUUAAUUUUGAUUAUUUUCCCAUUACACCACUUUAUACUCAAUGUUGAACUCAAAAUUAUAAUAUUAUUGGAAUAAAUGGUAGCCACAU